AAACGCAACCUCUGCCACGUGACUAAAGCCAACCGCACCGGCCAGAAAACCAACGUCAUCAAAAGCCGAAACCUACCGCUGUAACGUUCCCUGUAUAUUAUUAUAUUAAUAGGUCAAUAUAGCCUCAUAGGCAAACGGCAAAAUCUCCUUUUUCACCCUCACGUGUAACACUCAACACCCCCUCCUUUUUUUUCUUUUUUAACCAAAUUCUAUGGUUAAAAGUUAAAACCCCAGAUAUUAACCGCGAUUUACCGCUUCGCUAAUCACCUCCGUACAUUCACCAGCAUAAAUAAAUCCCAACUACCGCUCCUCUCUUAUUUACAUUUUCUGGUCCCUCUCUUUCUCAUCUCUCUCAACGCUAACUAAACUAGUACAGCAAACCAAAGAAAGGCCAAAAGCCUGUUUCAUUUUGCUUAUAUCUGUCUGAGAAAUUUAGCUCUGGGUACGGACUGGUAUUGCUCAGAAACCCUAAUAAUCAGGUUCCAGGCCCUCAUAAAAGCCUGCUCUGAUUCAAAAUGGGCAUUCAAAGCAUUUCCCUUUAAUGCCCCUCCCUGCUUCAUUUGAUGCAAUCCUCAUUUCUUCUCUGUUUUUUUCUCUUUUUUUUUUGCAGUUUCCCUUUUUUGCUUGCACACAAAUCUUGACUGCCUCUCUCGCUUCAAAGUUCAAGCUCACUGUUUCUUUUUUACUCAUUGACUCUUUUCUUCGGCUCCGCUAUGGGUAUCUGAUUCCAUUGUCUAUAUCCUUAUCAAAUCAUCAUCUAGAAAAAGUUCAUUGCUUUCAUCCACUGGUUUAAUUCUGUUAUCUAAUUCCACUCCUUUCAACUUUUUUUUUUUGACUUCAUCUUCUUCAAAGAUUUUUAUUUUGAUUUUUCCUCUCUUACUGGUAGAGAGAAACAGGUGAGCAAAUCAGGUUGAAAAACAUAAAAUGUUUCAGAACAAACGUAAGUCAGAAAGUGAGUUAAGUUCAGAAACAGGGAAUUCUUCAAGUCAAAGUUCAAUGAGUAGUGAAAGCUGUGGCAGCUUUAGUCGUCUUUCUUUUGAGCUCCUCCCAACAUCGCGGUCUUCCCCAGAGAACCUUUCUCUCAAACCCCACCGAUCUUCCGACGUCGCUUACUGCGCUAUCCGCUCUGCCACGUUCGCCCGCAAAACAAGCCUCACAUUCCGUGAUUUCCGGCUCCUCCGCGUCAUCGGCUGCGGCGACAUCGGAACUGUCUACCUUUGCCAGCUUGCCAACGUAGAUGGAAAUUGUUGUUAUGCGAUGAAGGUUGUGAAUAAGGAAACGUUGGCGAUGAAGAAUAAAGUGCAACGUGCUGAAAUGGAGAAGAAGAUCUUGAAGAUGCUGGAUCAUCCAUUUUUGCCUACUUUGUACGCUGAGUUUGAAGCUUCUCAUUUCUCAUGCAUAGUUAUGGAGUACUGUUCAGGCGGUGACUUGCAUUCUAUUAGACAUAAACAACCUCAAAAACGCUUUUCUUUGAACUCUGCAAGGUUUUAUGCAGCUGAGGUUCUGGUUGCUCUAGAGUACCUUCACAUGCUGGGUAUUAUUUACAGAGACCUAAAACCGGAAAAUGUUUUAGUAAGAUCGGACGGUCACAUCAUGCUGUCUGAUUUCGACCUUUCACUUUGCUGUGACGCGAUCCCAGCCGUUGAAUCACCAUUGUCUCCGGAUCCUACGUCUCCACAAAACCAGUCUUGCACUCGUCCACACCCAACACGUCUCUCCUGCCUCUUCCACAAGCUCUUCCGGUCAAAGAAGAUCCAAACGCUGACACCCAGCAAGUUCUUCGUGGCAGAGCCCGUCACCGCCCGGUCACGCUCCUUCGUUGGGACCCACGAGUACGUUUCUCCCGAGGUGGCCUCAGGUGGGUCCCACGGUAAUGCCGUUGACUGGUGGUCCUUCGGGAUCUUCAUCUACGAGAUGAUCUACGGGCGUACUCCCUUUGCGGCUCCAUCGAACGAGCUUACGCUGCGCAACAUAGUUAAAAGCCCACUCACUUUCCCAACCCACUCGCCCUCAUCUCUUCCUGAGCACCACGCGCGAGACCUUAUCUCUAGGUUGUUAAACAAGGACCCAUACAGUCGGUUGGGAUCCAAACGAGGCGCUGCCGACGUCAAAAUGCAUCCUUUUUUUAAAGGACUUAAUUUCGCGCUUAUUAGGUCGCUUACGCCGCCGGAGAUUCCGGGGUUAAGGCGGCAAUCGACGACGUCGUAUUACCAUACAAAGAGCGAGGAACAAUCAACCGCGUUUGAUUGCUUCUGAGAAGCUAAGCGGAGACAUUUGCGCCACGUGUUCAGUCGGAUUUGCCAGAUUUUAUCACUGGCGAGUGACAGAUGUGUAUAUUCGAGCUCUCUCUUUUUUUUUUUUUAAUAAUUUUUUCUCUGUUGGAUGCUUUUUUUUUUUUUUUUGAACUUUUGUUUAGGUUGACUUCGUAUGGCAGAUAUGCGUC